AUGCACUUCUCCCUUGUCGUCAUUUCUUGCCUCCAGGCCCUGGCACUUGCCCACCCCCGUGCCCGGUUCGAUGAGCACGACCUCAUCCUGCCCCGGGUGAACCAGAAUGGUACCAACGUCACGGACCACGCCGACCAGGACGUCCCCACCUUCCAGAAGGAAUGCGUCUGCCCGACGCCAAUCUGCGAUUCGAGGAUGAAUGAGAAGAGCAUUUGUCAGUGCAAGGCCUCGGCCGCACAAGCCUGCUUCCUCAAAUCCCAAGGAGGCUGCCCGGAGCCUAAGACUGCUGCCUGCUGA